AUGAAAGUUCGAAUGGAAUCACAUUCUGAAAUUUUUAAAGAACCAAAUCGUGACCUUAUUCGUGCAGAACUUUCAGCCAUAAGACCUGGGGAUUUACCAGCAGCAUCUCUUAUUACUAGUACUGGAGCAUCUCUCAAGCUAAUUUCAGCAGAAGACACUAGCUUGGCCAAAGCUACUCAUGUAAAAGUAUCUAAUACUAUCAAGACGGCUGAGAAAAAUAUUAAAGGUGCUGAUGCAGAGUUAAUAGCCGAUGCCUCAGAUAUUACACCUGAAAAUUCUGAAGUUCUUAAGCAGAUUUCUACACGUUUGUUUGCUGAUAAUAUGACUCAGCAACGAUAUUAUUUAUGUAAAAAGUGA